GAAGAAUGCAUCGUUAGGCAUUCGUAUUCGUUCCCCUCUACUCUGGGGACUUUCUCGUCGCGCACUCUGUUAUCGCGCCGCAUUAACGUAAUAGGAUAGAUCCAUCUAUGAGCAUAAUAAUGUCCAUGGUGGAUAUACUUACGACACCAACAGAGUUCAAAUCAGGAAGUAUAAUAUAACGAAAUAGAUAAUAUAGAGAUAUUAUUAUGAUAUAAACGAUUCGAUAUAAACGAUUUGAUUGUAGGAAGGAAGCUUGUUUUGUCGCUCGUAUUACGAUGUGAAAAUUUUCUAUCAAAAUUUUUCUCCAAUAUUAAGUAUUAAAUAUUGUCCUUUUAACGAGUUAUGUUGAUUUAUGUCGAUCAAGAGGAUCGCUUUACCCAUAGAAAUAUACGUUUAUAUUAUUAUAUUCGUAAUUUAUGAGCGUGUAGAGAUAGAGAUAGGUUAUGAUAAAACAUUUCCCCACUAUGUAUUCGCGAAGAUACGAAGAUACGAUAAAUGAAUCUUCAAAUCGAAUUCGGAGCACUCGAUUACAUUCGAAUCGAUGGUAUUCCUUAGUAUAAAUUGUUUACAAAUAAUAUGUCACCGUAUGAACACUUCUGACAAUAUGUACGUUAAGGCAUACACGAAAACAUUGUGAUAACGAACGAGACUGAGAAGUUCCAAGGCAACAGUUAAAUGAGAAAAGAAACUUUUAAAGGACAUUCGAUGUGAUAAACGAUGCCUACGAAGAAUGUGGUAGUUGAUUGGACAACCAACGACGUUGGUGUUUGGCUUGCAGAAAAUGGACAUUUAAGUUUUUCGUCUUUAUUUAAGAAGCACGACAUAGAUGGAAAGGUACUUCUAACAUUAAAAGAGGAAGAUUUAAAGUCCGUAGCCAUACAGGCGAAUAAAACUAUAGGAGACUUAAAAAGAUUGUGUAUCAGUAUUAAACAAUUACAAAGAGACAACGUCGCGAUGCUGUUCGAAUUGGGAUGCGUCGAUUUGUUCACCGCGCCGCACUUUUACGGCCAUAACAAACACGAAAUGCCCAGCGCUGGUACAAAUAACGAAGGUUCCAUAGAGAAUGAAUUUUAUUCAGCUUCUGUGUCGGAAGAUGGACACGCGUCUCAUUUGCCGCCUGAAAUAUGGAAGACCUUUAUUAGUUUGGCAUAUUUAUUUAUUGUUACUUGGAUUACUGCCUUUGUGAUGGUAAUAGUGCACGAUCGAGUGCCAGAUAUGAAAAAGUAUCCACCUUUGCCGGAUAUAUUUUUGGACAACGUUCCUCAUAUACCCUGGGCAUUCGACAUGUGCGAAGUUACUGGCACUAUACUUUUUGCCAUUUGGCUCAUUGUUCUUAUUUUCCAUAAGUAUAGAUUUAUCUUAUUACGGAGAUUUUUCGCCCUCUUUGGUACAGUCUUCUUAUUGCGAUGCGUUACAAUGCUGAUUACAUCUCUCUCUGUACCUGGCGCACAUUUGCAAUGUCAACCGCGUAAGAUGCCAGACGAAGGUUGGACUAGUUCUGCAUAUGUGGAAUUAUAUAAUAAGAUCGCAAUGGCUUACGUUAUCUGGCGUGGUGCCGGUAUGUCAAUACAAGGUGUUAGAACUUGCGGCGACUACAUGUUUAGCGGCCAUACGGUCACAUUGACCAUGCUGAAUUUUUUUAUCACUGAAUAUACCCCAAGACAGCUCUACUUCCUUCACACCUUUACAUGGAUGCUUAAUAUGUUCGGUAUCUUUUUUAUAUUGGCCGCCCACGAACAUUAUUCCAUCGAUGUGUUUGUAGCGUUUUAUAUAACUUCCCGAUUAUUUUUAUAUUAUCAUACCUUGGCCAAUAAUCAAGCACUGAUGCAACGUGACUCAAACAGAACUAGAAUUUGGUUUCCACUUUUUAGUUUUUUCGAAUCGUCCGUCGAUGGGAUCGUACCAAACGAAUAUGAGUCCCCGUCAUUAAUCAUUUAUAAUCUAAUAUGUAGGGGGAAAGAUGUUUGCAACAUUCUAAGAUCGUUUAUCUACUUUCGAAAACCGCGGAGCAACGUAAAUGGUAAUAUAAACAGCACAAGGAAGGAACGCUAAUAUAAAUAUUUUAAUGUUUUACAAAUUGGUUAUCGUCUUCGAAAUUUGUCAAUAUGAAAUCAAAUGGAAAUGUUUAAUUUCGAUGAUAUUAAUAACUGAAGGAUGUUAUAUAUUUUAUCAAAUUGAUAAAGUUGAAUGCAUCGAUUUUUCUAAACUUGUAAAUAUUCUUAAAGUGUUAAUCACAUCUAAAUGGCAUUCCUUUUAAUUAAUACCAUUAACGUGUUACCUUAUAUUAUUUCGAAAUUUAGAAUGGAGCAUUCGCUAUUCUAUAUAAUCACUUAUAUAUUGAAUUAUGCCUUUUAUUUGAUAACUUUAUUUAUUUUUUCUUCAAAUAAGAGUACAAUUUAUGGAAAAAAAAUGCUUCAUUUUAGAAGCUCCUAAUUUUACAAAUAAAUUCUAUGAAAAUAUUGUAAUAAGGAAGGAGGGUAAAAGGCUUAGUAAGAAUGAGUGCACAAUUUGAUAUUAAUCAAUUAACAAUUCUUCCCUAUAUUAAUUAAUUCGAUAAGUUUUUCCUGUAAUGAAAGCCAAAAAAUUCACAUGGGCGACUAAACCGUUUAUUCGUUUGUUUCAUUAUCUAUUGAAAGAGAAAGAAUGAAAAGCAAGAAAAGAAAAUAACGUAAUUAACAUAAGGACAAUGUAUUAGUGUGAAAUGCGGAGUGGGGAUAAAUAACGGGAUUGUACAAAGUACCGAUAUUAUAAUAGAGUUUAUACGCAUAGAUUGUUUUAUACGAAAGGAGAGAAUUGUGCGAUAGUGAGAAUUAUAUAUGUAUAUAUGUAUGUAUGUACGUGUGUACGUAUGUAUAUGCAUACUUCUAUUCCGUAAAGUAAAUCGGUAUCAAGAAUGGUAAUAUAUAUAAUUGAUUAAUUAUUAUCAAUUAUAGGACAUUUAGGAUAUAAAGGUAGAACCGGUAGUAAAUCGAACGAAACUGCUGUUGGCUAGCCUGAUCUAUUGAUAGAUAAGAAGAAUAAAACUUGAACUAAAUGAUAUCGCGUCGAUAUAUUUUUUUACGUUUUAAAGAGAAAAAAGAAAAAUGAACAAAUUUUGUUGUUUAAUUAAAGCAAAUAACGUUUGCCCGUUAAGUAAUUUCACCACUUUCUAUCCGUUUUAGAAAGUAAUCGUAAUGGCAGGCUGUCUUAUUUGGGCCUAAUCGUAGCUUUUAUACCGAUACAGAUUCAUUACGAUAUGCGAGUUACGAUAGUUGAUCAAUCUUAUUAAAAACUCAUUUGUAUAAACGUGACAGGCAUACAAGUACACAGACAUACACAGAUUUGUACGCAAUUAUGCGAUAAUAAUUGAAUAUAGGGGUUAAUCAAAGAGGCUAUUCGCAAAGGAAAAUAACAUUUUAUAUUUAAGUUUUGCUAUCGAAUCACGCACGAAACGGAGGAACAUGCUUGUACAUUAAUAUAAACAUAUAUGUAGAUAUUUAAUAUAUCGUUAAUUACGUAUAUAUCUAUUAAUAGGAUUAAAGGUAUAGUAAAUGGCGCAUCAGAAAUAGGAGCGCGAGUUUUGACGGAUAUAAUGCCAACUUUUUUUAUUUAUUAAAUAGCUCAUUAUUUUUUGUAUAAACGUUAUAUCGAUACAAAAAGGACUGAAAUAAUUCAUCGUAUAUAUUAUUCAUCGUUAUCAUCGUUGAUCUGAGUUUUAUUUAAACUUACAUACAUGCAAAUUCAUAUUAAUAAAAAAUGUAUACGUAUAUGUCCCACGAUCAGUUUUGUACAGGUAUGUGUAUAUAUAUAUAUACAUAUAUAUAUAUAUAUAUAUAUAUGUAUAUGUAUAUGUAUAUAUAUAUAUAUAUAUAUAUAUAUAUAUUCGUGAAAGCGAAGGAGAACGUAAAUACCAAAGUACUUUGUUAAACUAUUAUUUUAUCGUUUCGAAAAAGAAAGAGAAAUAUAUCAACGAUGAGUAGUACGUGUGCCGCCGCAAACAUUAUAAAAUAGGAUUGGUUCGUGGGAAAUAUAGCAAUAUUUAUGUAUAAUGUACGUAUAUAGAGCUAUCGGCCGUGAAAAUGUAUUAUUCGAAUUUCACAGAGUGCGCCUGCGAACCAUGGAUAUUUUCUUUCUUCCUUUCUUUUUCUCUUUCUUUUUCUUUUUUCAAAUGAAAAUACGUGUAUAUACGUAUUAAACAUAGAUAUAUAAUUUUCUAUAAAUAAUUUCAAUGCAAGGUCAUAGAGAAUUGAAGUGAGAUUUUCUUGUUCUCUUAUAAUAACGAUAUUUUAACAACAACAACAACAACAACAACAACAACAACAACGGUUUUAACGAUAUUUUAAUAACAACAUUUUCACGAAUCGGCGAGUUAGAUUUUAUAACGUUGUCGAAUGUUGGAAUAAAGACUACUUUUCAA